ACCGCUGCGUCUUUUUCUCUGGAAUCCUAUCUGUUUUUACUUCUCCAGAUAAACAAACAAGCCAACCGGUUUUGCCCCUAUCGGAGGGUUUUUUUUUUUCUCACAUUAAAACUCUGUGUCAGAAAACAAAUUGAAUUUUGAAUUUUUCUCUCCAAUCACGCAGCGGCGAACAGAUAAUAUUGACCGUAUCCACUCUCCUCGAUCUUAGCAAAAACAAGAGAGAGAUUUUGAUUUUGUGGAUAAUUUUCUCCCGGAUUAAGUUGAUUGAUUGUCUCUCUUUCACGAGAACCAGAAGAGAAAAAAAAACUAGAAGAUGAGAAGACAACAGCAACAUCAACAGCAUCAGGACCAGGACCAGGACCAGGACCAGCAGUUCAGGGUUUUCUACGACCUCUCGUCGCUGGUGCUCAACCUGCUGCGUUCACCUCCUUCGCCGAUACAGUUAUCGGAGCAAGCUCCGGCGUUGACACCACAGCCGACGGAGGUUUCUUCGUCCAGGAGGAGGCCAUCGUCUCCGCAGAUCUCGCCGGCGGGGUUCGCGGCGCUGAUGCUGGGGAUAUCGGUUGCGUUGAUGUUGUGUGGAUCGGUGACGUUUUUUAUCGGGUUCAUAUUGAUGCCUUGGGUUAUUGGAUUGGUUAUGGUGUUCUACGUCGCUGGGAUUGUCUCGAGCCUCUCGAUGUUAGGCCGUUCAAUUUUCUGUCAGGCGACGGCCCCUACUUCUCCGCGAAAGGAGAUUCCUGCAUGGAAACUGUUGUGAAGCGGUUUUUUAGAGAGUUGGAAAAUGUAUUGGAAGAGUGAGCGGACACUUGUGUUCUAGUAAGUUGAGCCGCCUCCAGAACCAUAUCGGAAGGGAAAUCUCCCAGCUUCUUAGAGUAUUGAUGCAGGAAUUGUGGAUAACUGUCUUUCCUGAUGCUAUCGAAAUUUGUGGAUAUGUUCUCUUGAGUAAAAAUGGUAAAUUGUUGAAGGAGUUGAAUACAAAUAUGUACUCCUGAGAGAGAGUUCCCGGUUUGUUUCCAAUCACACCAUAUUUGAUAUUUACCCUGGAAACUGUUACUGUACAUUUUAUCAUAUACUUUGAUUAAUGAUCAUUCGUCUGUCCGAAGAUAUUCUUUA